UAACCCCUAAAACAAAGAAAGGCAUAAACUCGACCGUUUAUCUGCUUUUCUUUUCUGUCAAAUUCCCUCUCACCUAAUGAAGAAUCGUUAACAAUUCAAUUCCUCAAAUACCCAUUUGAAGAAAGAUCAAAAUCUCUGCAAAUUGAGACUCAAAAAUCGAUCUCCAAUGGGAUGUUUUGUUGGGUGUUUCGGUUCUUCAAAGAAAACAAAAUGUAGAAAAGAGAGGYACAAGGUUAUUCGUCGAGAUCAAAAACCUGCAAUUCAGAACCUUGUGAAAGCUGAUGUAUCUUUGGAACACAGCAUCAAAGAAAAGCCAUGGAAUCCAGUUUCAGAAUCAAGAGAAAAGACGGAGGUACCGUUGAGCUUGAAAAGAAGGAAAAAAGUGACAUUUGAUACAAAUGUCACAACCUAUGAGCAUAUUCAAGUGUAUGAUAGUACUGAAUCUUUAUUGGAAAAGAACGAAAAAGGCGAAACUUUUCUGUCCCAAUCCGAUGCCAAUUCCAAAUACGAUUUAGUUGGUUUGAGUACGCCAAACUAUAGAUACGGAAAUUGUGUUGAAAGUGAUGAUGAAGUUGAAGAUUUUGAUCAUGAAGACUAUGAUUUGGACCAAAGCAGCGACGACGACGAUGAUGAUGGUUAUGAUUUGGAUAAUGAUGAUUAUGAAGAUGAUGAUGGAGUUUGGGUUACAUCAAUGGAAUCGAGAGGAGAACCUUUAUCGUUGAACACAAUUGGACCAAACAGGAAUGCACGCGAUAGGAAUGGUUAUGUUCUUCCUGUGUUGAAUCCCGUGGAGAAUCUUACCCAGUGGAAAGCUCUGAAAUCAAAAGGAAGAACACGAAAACCUUUGAAUUUUGACCAGCAAAAGGAGAAUUCAACUCCGGAUUUCAAACUGUCUGAACCCCAGAAUCAGAAUCAGAAUCAGAAUCAAAUUCGGAAUCGGAAUCGGAAUCAAGAAACAGCAGUAGACACCAGCUUAUCGAAUUGGUUGAUUUCUUUAGAGAAAAACACAAGAAACAACAAGAGGGUUGCAUGCUACAAAACUCAGCUUCAGACAACAACUACUUCAGAGUUGAAUGUUCAAGACUUCUAG